CUUGAGUUAAUUUACAUUUUGCAACAAGAUUUGCAGUCAAAAGAAGCCACAAAAAUCAUUAAAAUGAAAAGUUUUAUGUAAUAUUAGGCAUUCCGAUUCAAUGUAACAAUUAUACACUUAAAUUUAUUUACUUGUACCAAUCACAUUAACGUUAUCUCAAUAUAUAGGCAUGUUCUCAGAGCCAUAAUGCUUGUAACGAGUUUGGGUUAUUUUUUUCUGCUUGUUAUUUUAUCGACCACAUCUUGUGAAGAAUUUAACCUAUAUGGAGAAGCAGGACAGGCUUAUGCCCUAGAAAUUGACGUUGGUCACCCACAACAAAAGCUAAGCGUAUUAGUGGAUACUGGAAGCACAACAUUGGCAAUUGCGUCUUAUGCAAGGAAAGAUAGCAAUAAAUACUUCCGUUCUGAAAACUCUACAAGUAUUUACAACAGCGAAAAAGAGGUGCAGGCAAAAUAUUCCCAAGGAACCUGGGUUGGACAUUUGGUAUCAGAUUUUGUGAAGUUUCCUUCUUUGGCAACAGUUCCUGAAGUAAGAUGUGACAUUGCACUUAUAACAAAGAGUCAUAAGUUUUUCAUGAAUGGCUCAGGUUGGCAGGGACUCCUGGGCUUAGCGUACUUGCCUGUUGGAGCAUGGGGUGAAAAUGUGGUAGUAGGCUCUUGGCUUGACUCUGUGGAGAAGGCUCUAAACAAAGCCAUGUCCUUCCAACUCAAAUUAUGUGGAGUCAAGAGCUCUACAAAUGCAACACAUUAUGGAAAAUUUGAGAUGCUUGAUGAUGAUACAGUAUCAACAAACGAUAAUGUUGCAUUCCGUACCCCAAUUCUUCGUAAACGGUGGUAUGAAGUCGGUGUUCUAUCGAUCAGAGUGAUUUCCAAAAAAAAUACAUCAAUAAAUAUUGAGCAUAAUGUUACAAAGGAUAUUGGUGAUAAUCUCGAUGUGAAUCAAGAAAAUUGCGUGAAGCUUAAUGAAGAAAAGAGCAUUGUUGACAGUGGGACCACAAAUAUAAGGUUACCUGAUAUCUUGUUCAGAGAGGUUGUUAAUGAACUUAGAAAUGCUGCCCAAACAUCAAACAUGUUGAUUUUAGAUGAAUUCUGGUAUCAUGGUGAGGCCGCCUGCUGGCCGGAGCCCCAGGAAUGGUCACUGCCACCAAUAGCGGUUGACCUCCUGAGUGCUGAUGCAGAUAAUCAAUACUUUACCCUUGAGAUACCGCCACAGAACUUUAUGCGAGUGGUAACAGCAAGAAACAACAGUGGGGAAGGUGGGAGCGUUUCAGAGUUUUGCUACAAGCUGGGUUUGGAAGCGGGAGGCAAAGAGACUGUACUGGGAUACACCGCUAUGGAAGGAUUGCAGGUACUGUUCAAUAGAUCCGCCGGUUGGAUAGGCUGGUAUCCAUCCGACUGCGGUCCCAACGCGAAAGUCACCGGUCCAUACAACGUUUCCACUUCCCUCUUAUCCCUUUGCCAACUGACCAAACCCGUGCCUGACGUGGCGGUGUCCAUAAAAGCCGCCCAGUGGACACUCUGUGCCAUAUCCAUAAUCGCCGCGGCGGUGUUGAUAUACUUACUAGCACCCUGUAUAAAGAUGAUGCUUGUUUCACCGUUACCAAUGUCGCAACAAAUCUCUUUGUCACAGGCUGCGUUGGUUGAACAGGAAACAACGUAAUAUAUUUAAAGCAGCUUUGUAUAAUGCUCGCUCUUCACUCGUGCUGCGAAAACAUACUUUAGUAUGUGUAAUAAGUUCAGUUUUUCCGCCUUUGCGACGUUUCGUGUCCGAUCCCAGUUUUAGAUUAGUUUAUUUUAGUCUGCGACAAAAUGACUGUGAAAAGUUUUAAAACUAUGCGAAUGUAGACUUUAGAGGGACAUAUUUAUUCGCCCGAAUACGCGCAGAGAUUGCUUGUACGAGUGUAGAGCGAGCUUAACAGUGAUAGGCAGUUGGGUUGCCCAUAUAAUUUGGCUAAUUCUAUUUUACACGAUUUAUAAACUAAACUAAAAUGACAUGUCUAUAUUGCAGCACUAUUCCUUUCAUAAUGCACCUUGCGGAAAAGGACAAGACAAACACUAGAAUUAGCCACAAUAUCUUCUAACUACUAGACUGUGUAUUUAGUUAACUCACUGUGACCUGUCAAUUUUAAUUUCUAAUUCUUUAAGAUGAGUUAGUAUUAAAUUGACAUGAAUUAUUUACAUUUAAUAGACUGGACUAAAUCCUUCUAACAUUCUCUGUAGAGAAUAAUGCUUUAUGUCGUUUGUGUGUGUUAAAGUUUACAUAUAUUUGAUCAUGCUGCUUAUUUGGUUGUCUAAUUUCAGUGGUGUGAAGAAGCAGUGCUAUCUUUUUGGUGUUUCAAGUAAAACAAGGCUCCUUUUUAGUUUCGUGCAGUCCGUCUAUGUGUUACAGCCAUUUUAUUCAGAUUUUAAAGUUUAGCAACACAAUAAAUUAUAGAUGCUUAUUCUACCUUGUUCAUUGAGUCGAGCUAAUACAGCGCUCUCUCUUGCAUUUGUAUACAAGUAAAAACGACGCAUUGUGUUUGUGAUGGAUGAGUGUUACCAUUCCCUAAAAAUAUAAAGGUGCAUUUAUAUUUCUUACUACAAAACGCUUUUAAGAUUGCUAGCUUUUACGCACAAGCGAAGGCACGGGUCUUCGCAUAUGCGCUGAGACAAAAAUAAUGAGAUAUUUUAUUUGUUAGUAAUAACAAAUAAAAAAUUGGAUGUCAGAAAACAGUUAACAGUCCAGUGAGCAUUCCAGAUCAAGAAUAUAACAAAAAUCUGUCCAAUAUAAUAUGCCGAGUUACGGUGUUAGAGUACGUGAGUUUUUGGGACCCUGGGCUAAUUAAUCAACUAAUUGCUAUUUUGUCAAAAAACUUUUCGAUACCGUUACAGUACACGACACGCCGAAAAGAUGCAUGAAGCCCAUUCAACUGUGAAUGACUGCGUUUGUGAGAAAAUACACCGAAAAUAAAUGGCGGAGAGUACACCUAUAUUAUAGUAGUAGGUACCUACCUACAUUACUGUAAUACCUAUAGUAUUGAAAAAGAGAAGAGCAUAAAUCGAGAAAAUACAACCAAAAACAGCAUUUUUUUUAAUUCACAAUAUUGCCCAUUUUGUCAGUCGGCCUGGGGGCCUUGUAUAGCCAUGAAGCUCUGGUCUGCAGCCCUAAAAGCCGUUAUGAAAAUCCGCCAUAAUGCAAAUAGAAAGGAACACCAAAACUCAAAAGACACGUCAUGUGAGACAGUUAAAACCGAUAAUUUUUUUGCAACCUUAACAGGGCUCUCUCCGUCACUUGCUCCAUACAAUCGUAGUUCCAAUUUCAUUUGAAUAUUGAGCAACCAAAGUCCAUGAAAUU